AGUCUGUGCUCUUCACACGAUGCCAUGUGUCGAUUUAUUUUGUAUUAUAAAUCAUAACUUUUCUCAAAAUAACUAAAUUCACGCUAAGUGAAACAAAAUAUAAUUAAGAAUGGAGACAGAAAAUAUCAGUGUGGAUGAUUUCCUACCUGCAAAAAACCCUAUAAAGCUUAAAACUGUCAAGCGGAGAGCUGUUUCGGAAUCUGGCGAAGGUAUGGAUGUGGAAGAACACAAUGGUAUCCAAGGAAGGCCCAAACGCUCUCGCUCGAAGGCAAAGAAGUCAAAGAAAAACGCUGAACCCAAUGAAAGCAAAGUUAAUAUGAGAAAAGUAGCUGUUCCCGCACAUAGAUACACACCGUUAAAAGAAAACUGGUUGAAAAUAUUCACACCAAUUGUAGAACACCUCUUGCUGCAAGUUAGGUUCAACACAAAGACACGCAAUGUCGAGAUCAGAGUUGGUCCAGAGACUAAGGACAUUGCCAACUUGCAAAAAGCGGCCGAUUUUGUUAAGGCUUUUAUCUACGGCUUUGAAGUAGAAGACUCACUGGCUCUCCUCAGAUUAGACGACUUAUUUGUUGAAUCAUUUGAAGUAAAAGAUGUAAAAACCCUUCAAGGUGAUCAUUUGAGUAGAGCUGUUGGCCGAUUAGCUGGCAAAGCAGGCCGUACAAAGUUUACAAUAGAAAAUGUAACGAAAACUAGAAUUGUAUUAGCAGACUCUAAGAUUCAUAUACUGGGAAGCUAUCAGAACAUAGCAUUAGCUAGGCGAGCUAUAUGUAAUCUGAUAAUGGGAUCUCCGCCUUCAAAAGUAUAUGGGAAUUUAAGAAAUGUAGCAAACAGAGUCGCUGAGAGAUUUUAA